CCUAUUGGUUUGAGGACGUUGUUGUAAGAUGGCGCCCAGCGGAAUAUGACUGUAGUGGAAAAAAAUAAAUACUACAGCUAACGGAAUAAAACAAACCAUUAGGUACCCGCUGAAAACACAAACAGCACUUCGCUUCCCUGCUUGUUGGAAGAGGGGCGUUGUGGACGACUUAAUCUUCGACCCGUUAUAAAGAAAGGUUUCCACCUCAUCUAAGUGAUCACAGUCUGCAGCUAUGAACAAUUCCAUGGAUGGCACCAGCUCCUAUGAGGAGCUAGUGAGGCAGAAAGCUCGGAGCAUCCCUCAACAUCGCAUGAAGGAGUUCCUGGAGUCCUUGGCCAGCAAAGGUCCAGAUGCACUGCAAGAGUUCAGCCAACAAAGUGGAGACACUACAACCACCACUACGACUAUGGUUUACCAACAAGAGGCCAACUGUAUCUAUACAGACAGUACAGAAGUGGCUGGGUCGCUGUUGGAGUUGGCAUGCCCGGUUCAGUUGCAGGUCCAAACACAACAGCAGCAGAUGCAGGAGUCUACAUCUCAGCAGCAGUCAGUGCAACACAAUGUAGAACAACAGAUUGUGCAGGUGCAGAUUCAAGGCCAGCAGCAAGGUCAGGUGCUUGGUCAGGUUCUCCAGGUGCCUGCUGGCUCCCAUCAGCAGCUUCAGGGUGUAACCACUGCACAGCUGAUUCAACCUGGGGAACUGACAGAGGAACAGCAACAACAGCUGCAGGCCCAGCUGGUGGCAGCUGUGGCAGGCGGACAGCAGAUCCAGAUCCAGACAGUUGGGGCCCUCUCUCCCACCCAGCAGCAGGAUGGUGCAGAGCGAAGGGUCAUGGGAACCACAGUUGCCACAUCUCAAGCAGCAGGAGUCCUGCAGCCAGCCAAAAAGCGUAAGGUGGACAUGCCCAUCACUGUGUCAUAUGCUCUACCUGGUCAGCAGGUAGCCACAGUCUUGGCUAUUCCCCAGGGUCAGGGGCAGCAGCAAAGUUAUGUGUCCCUGCGGCCCGACCUGCUAACUGUAGACAGUUCCCACCUUUACAGUGCUACUGGUACCAUCACCAGUCCCACAGGUGAGACCUGGACCAUUCCUGUAUACUCUGCUCCUGGAUCCGGAGGCCGUGAACAGGUCACACAUAUUGCCAUCCCCCAGGAGGCUUAUGGGACAGUGCAGUUGGCAGGGACAAACACUACAACAAUAACCACAAUGCCAACGCAAGUCACCGUUGAAAGUGACAAGUUAAAAAGCCCGGCUAGUCAAAGUCAGACUGUGCAGGCAGUUUCCAGCAUUACAAGCUCUGCAGGGAUGAGCGGCCAAGAAGAAGUGGUGCACUCACUGGCCGCAAACACGCUUUUUCCCGCCCAGCUGAUGAACGGAAACAUCCACAUUCCAGUGGCUGUGCAGAGCUACUCCAAUGCCACACAGUCCAUUAUCUGGGACCCACAGCAGCAGGUGUUGCACACACAGGGCCUGUCAGGGCAGGAUGGACACCAGCUACAGGGUCAGACAGUGGUGGCAGAAGUAGACGGUCAAGGUCAGCAGCAAGUGCAGGUGCAAGAGCUGCUGCUGCCCGCCACGCUAAAGCCAGAGGAGGGGCUGGACGUGUGGCGGCUCUGGGCUCAGCGGAAAAAUGCAGAGCUGGACAAAUCGGAUCAGAAUAAACUUGCUCCAAUAGGCCGUCGCCAGGCACUUCGUUUCCAAGAAGACCUGGUGUCGUGUGCUGUUGCUGAGCUCUGCAUGGGCCUGUCUUUCAUGACAACAGAGGCUCGGGGGCUUGAAGGAGAAUCAUAUGAGGCGGAUGUUCUUUAUUAUGUAUUUCUCUGCAUACAAAAAUACCUGUUUGAUAACGGUCGAGUUGACGACAUUUUCUCGGAUCAGUACUAUACUCGUUUUGCGCAGAGUCUUCAUCUAAUCUUGGAGCCUUGGAGGCCGUCUGUUCAUCCGCUAGGAUAUGUUAUUCCUAGUCAUGUAACAGAGGAGAUGCUGUGGGAGUGUAAACAGCUGGGAGCUCAUUCUCCAUCAACACUGCUCACAACUCUCAUGUUCUUCAAUACGAAGUAUUUCCACCUACAAACAGUGGAGCAGCAUCUAAAACUGGCCUUUUCAAAGGUGUUGAGACACACCAGGAAGAGUCCCAACAAUCCCAAAGACAAGAGCACCAGCAUACGGUACCUGAAGUCAGCAGAGAGGUUCAUAGGACAGAAAGUGACAGAUGACAUGUACUCAGAACAGCUGGAGGACCCAGAGAACCCGCUACGCUGCCCCAUCAAGCUCUAUGAUUUCUACCUCUUCAAAUGUCCCCAGAGUGCUAAAGGUCGCAACGACACCUUCUACUUGACUCCUGAGCCAGUGGUGGCUCCAAACAGCCCCAUUUGGUACUCGACGCAACCAAUCCCCCGGGAGCACCUGGGGCAGAUGCUAGCCCGAAUCCUUGUUGUCCGUGAAAUCCAGGAAGCCCUUAACAUGACGGAGAGCGUGCACUAGUUGGACCUGUAGAGGAGUAAAAACAGAAGGGACUCCUUCUGUUUUUCAGCCUUUGACAGCUCAUUAUGGAGUAGUUUGCUCUUCUCACUCCCCCCAUUGUUUUGUUUUGGGGCGGCAUGUAUGUUUAUAAUGAGUGCCGGCCUAGCUUGGACACAAACUGUAUAUAAACUUUAAAUCAGUACACAGGAUGAUUUGUCUCAUCGAGGCACUCACUUUUUUUGUCUUUGUUUUGGCCAAAGGAUGCCGAGUUUAAUUCUUUUUUUUUUUUUUUUGUGUUGACCUAAACUCUAAUUUAAAAGUUAUUUCAACUGUUGGUUCACCUUACUGAUAGUCUGGUAUAAAUGUUGAUUUUCUUAUCUGUUUUAAUUUGUAAUAUAUUUCCAAUUGUCACCAUGGUUGGCCUACAUUAUGCUGCUUUUCCUUGUCUUAUUCCUUUGUCUGCAUUGGUUGCCGUUAAGUCUCACAGUGGAUACCUCAGUGGUAUCAGAGCUGUACUAGGAAGACAAAGCUAGUUUAAAAAAAAAAAAGCUUUUUUAAGUUAUGUAAAUUUUCUUUCUUGAUAGUAUCUUUUUGAUUGCGUUGAACCAACUGCUUGUUUGGAAAUGCUGAGCUUUUGAGAUUGCCUGCGUAAGAGCACCCUCUGUUGGAGCUUGGUGGUAUUGAAUCAUGUUAGGACACAAAUCCUCCUUGGAUUUAAUUGCAACACGCUGGCACCACCUAAUCUGCUGCUAAUACCAGUUGCCACAGGAUCAUGGUGUGGCAGAGGCAGCGCCGUGGGCGCAUACAUCUGCUGGAUUUUUUAUCUCUUAAGGACAUCAACACAAACUAAAGAGGAAUCUAAUGUAUCAUGUCGACUGUACUCGAUUAAAGACUUAAAAAGUGGAUUAGCCCUAUAUGUUCUAUAAUGUACAAUGCCAGUAGUUUCUCCAUGAACUGUAUUGGGUUUCAGUCAUUUAAGGAGAGUGGCAGUGCCUGUGUGUUUUUCAAACAUGACCUUUUUUGUACAGUCACUA